AUGCUCCAGCAGAGAUGCACCCCAGUCCAGGACACAGUGCUGGAUGCCCAUUUACUUGAUUCAUUUUCCAACCCCCUUUUCUUUUUCAAAAGGUGUCCAAGCCACAUAGAACAACAAAAUCUAACGAGUGUCUCAGAAUUCUUCCUCACGGGACUCUCAGACGAUCCAGAACAGCAGCCCCUUCUCUUUGGGCUGUUCCUGUCCAUGUACCUGGUCACCGUGCUGGGGAACCUGCUCAUCAUCCUGGCCGUCAGCUGUGACCCCCACCUCCACACCCCCAUGUACUUCUUCCUCUCCAACCUGUCCUUGGCUGACAUUGGUUUCACCUCCACCACCAUCCCCAAGAUGAUCGUGGGCAUCCAAACUCAGAGCAGAGCCAUCUCCUAUGUGGGUUGCCUGACUCAGAUGUCUUUUUUGAUCCUUUUUGGAUGUAUGGACGGUAUGCUUCUGACUGCAAUGGCAUAUGACCGGUUUGUGGCCAUCUGUCACCCUCUACACUACUCAGUUAUAAUGAACCCCCGCCUCUGUGGCUUGUUGGUUUUGUUGUCUUUUUUUGUUAGCCUUUUGGACUCCCAACUGCACAAUUUGACUGUGUUACAACUUACCUGCUUCAAGGAUAUGGAAAUUUCUAAUUUUUUCUGCGACCCUUCUCAACUCCUCAACCUUGCCUGUUCUGACACUUUCACCAAUAACAUAGUCAUGUAUUUUGUGGGUGCCAUCUCUGGCUUUCUCCCUAUCUCAGGGAUCUUUUUCUCUUACUAUAAAAUUGUUUCCUCCAUUCUGAGAGUCCCAUCUGCAGGUGGGAAGUACAAAGCCUUCUCUACCUGUGGCUCCCACCUGUCAGUUGUUUGCUUGUUUUAUGGAACUGCUAUUGGAGUGUACCUUGGAUCAGCAUUGUUGUCUUCCCCCAGGAAGGAUAUGAGGGCUUCAGUUGUGUAUGCGGUAGUCACCCCCAUGCUGAACCCCUUCAUUUACAGCCUAAGGAACAGGGACAUCAAGAGUGCCCUACGGAGGUUCCUCAGAAGAACAGGCUAA